CCAAACGCAAACACACCAGAGUCCCCGUUACCCCCGCGUGGACGAAAAUGCUCAGCGACAGAUUCCAGACGAGUGCCACUGAACGUGCCAAGAAUAGGGUGUGCGUUAGACGCCUCUACUACAAGAAACUGAACCUCCUUGAUGAUCUCCAGCGUCAGGUGCAGUGCUUAUAGGCAGAAUUUGAACUGGUAUUAGCGGUACACCGCCAACAAGAUGCACAGCCAACACAGUUGCAAAUUGGAGGAAAUAAUGAGGAGCAAUCACUGACUUCAUUACACAAAGCUUAUGUGGAAUUAGCCCAAGUCAAGAGUUUCUUGAUGAAGGAGAAUGCUGAGUUGAGGCGUCAAGAAUCUGGCUACGUGGCAAUGGCAAAGGAAGUUGUGCGACUGACUGCAGCUCAGAACAAGGCUAUCGCAAUUCAGCAACAAGAAGAGGAACACAAACGAAGGAAUCCUUCACUACACUUGAGCUUGUUGACGUCAGAGCAGUGCUUUGAGAUCGGAGCUGCCUCUUGCUGUGAAAUUAAGGCAUUCCGGGAGAACAAAGGCUGCUUUUCAACGGGAGUGAAUGUGUUUGGAUGGCGAGACCGGCAUGUCGUCAAUGAAGAAAAACUCAUGUUUUCUUUAGACAAGGUCUACCAAGGCCAAAGUGUGGAGAAAUGGCACAAGGUAUGUGGGAAAUACUCUCCCAGCCUGAGCGAGUUGCAAUCAUGAGUCCGACAGAUGCGAACGCGUGUUUCCAUGUCGUGCAGCGAGUGAACGACAACGCAGUUCUGUAUUACUACACUCUAGAGCGCGAAGACGUCGACGUUCGCGUUCGAGCUUUCAUCUUGGCCAUGCGUGUCAACGUUGGAUCGGAUUAUUUGCUGCUAUUCCGCACGUUGGACCCAAAGAAAUAUUUCUUGGGCAAUGAGGACUGCACUGGGGCGACUCGUCGAGGCCGCAAAAAGAUCGAGCCUCAUAAGGAAAAUGUUAUGUUGGACGCUUUCGUGUGGAACAUGUACGAAGGGCAUGGCGACGAUAGAUGUAUGAAUACCUACGGUGGCGAGUUAAAGAGCACGGCAAUUUCGGCAUCGCGGUGGUGGCAUAUCGAGAUUUUACGGGCGGCCCAGAUCGUUGAGAGCCAAGUUACGGGGUCCCUAGGGCUUUUACAGGCAUGAGUAGAGUGCAUCCUCGAAUUAACAGACUCGCCGAAUAAACACCAAUUUUCUAAAUAUAAUCCGCGGCCUCCCAUUGGCUGAAACACAGCUCGAUCUAAGGGAUACCGUAAUAUAUACUACAGUAACAGUACAAAAUCCAAG